UCCCUAAAGCAACUUAGCGAUAAGGAAGCGACCAACAAGCAUUUUGAAUUCAAGCGCCUGAUUGACAUCUCACUCACAAUAGCAGAGAACGACAAUGCCAAUUAUAGGUGACUUGGUGACUUCACCAAUGGCUUCAGAGGUGUAUGACUAUGACUCCAGCUUCACCCCCACGGCUGGUGAGGACGAUCUGGAAGACUUUAUGUGCGACAAAUCUCCCGUCAGGGCAUUCCGAGGCCUGUACGAACCACCUCUCUACUGGACCAUCAUCAUCCUGGGCGGCCUGGGCAACCUGACCGUGGUUUGGAUCUACCUGCACUUCCGCCAGCGUCUCAAGACCAUGACCGAUGUCUACCUGUUGAACCUAGCUGUGGCCGACCUCUUCUUCCUGGGCACUCUGCCCCUCUGGGCCGUGGAGGCCACCCAGGGAUGGAACUUCAGCUCGGGUCUCUGCAAGGUCACCUCGGCCCUCUACAAGAUCAACUUCUUCAGCAGCAUGCUGCUGCUCACCUGCAUCAGCGUUGAUCGCUACGUGGUCAUCGUCCAGACCACCAUGGCCCAGAACUCCAAGAGACAGCGCCUGACCUGCAGCAAGUUGGUGUGCGCCUGCGUCUGGCUACUGGCCGUGGCUUUGGCCCUGCCUGAGUUCAUGUUCGCCAACGUCAAGAAGCUGGAGGGCCGGGGCUACUGCACCAUGGUCUACUGGAGUAACCAGGACAACCGCACCAAGAUCAUGGUCCUGGGGCUUCAGAUCUGCAUGGGCUUCUGCCUGCCCCUGCUGGUCAUGGUGUUCUGCUACGCCGGCAUCAUCCGCACCCUGCUCAAAACCCGCAGCUUCCAGAAACACAAGGCGUUGCGCGUGAUCCUGGUGGUGGUGGCUGUGUUCGUCCUCUCCCAAUUGCCGUACAACAGCGUGCUGGUGAUGGAGGCCACCCAGGCGGCCAACAGCACUGAGACAGACUGCAGUGCGGCAAAGCGGUUCAAUGUGGUCGGCCAGGUGCUGAAGAGCCUGGCCUACACGCACGCCUGCCUCAAUCCCUUCCUGUAUGUGUUUGUGGGCGUACGCUUCCGCAGAGACAUCCUCAAGCUUCUCCGCAUCUACCACUGCUGGCCGGCCAAGGGGAAACUCCGCAAGAUCCAGGGAGGCCCCGGGCGCUCCUCAGUUAUGUCGGACACGGACACCACACAAGCACUCUCGCUUUGAAGGCACGGUCAUAGUACAACCUUUCACUUGCGACCAGAAGUCCCUCAUAAUAAUUGAGGUCUGUACAAACUUCUUUGCAUACAUGCUCUCUAUUCCAUGAUGCAGAGGUUGUAAUGUUUUUUCCCUCCCGGUUGCCCACUCUUGCAUUAGACUUUUAUCUUCUUUGGUUAUCCGACCAUUGCUGAGGCUGAGGCAGUGACAUGGGGAAGGAAGAGGUCCCUUUCUGAGAGCUGGGGGAAUGUCGACAAAGACCUCUUGGGUACAUUGCUAGAAGCGUUGGUUAUGAUGAGACUCUUCUUUGGCUGGUCCAAAGACCUUCUCAUUUUUCCUAGUGACUUCUCAAUUUUGCUGGAUGGACAUUCACAGUCUGGUUGGGGGUUUGUUUUUUAACGAUGCCAGGGAUUGGAAAGAGAUAACCAUGACAACAUUGGUCCUGUACUGGUCUAAUGCAUUUGCAGUGGUCUAUAAUGUUCUGCCAAUUCAGCCAUGUUGUUUUUGUGUGUUUUUUUAUACAACAAAAAGUUGUAUAAAAUGCCUAUGAUGUUCACAAUGACAAUUCUCAACAUAAUCAUUGUAAAUAUACCCAUGUCUUUAAAACAAUUUAGGUCACUGUUAUUGUGUCUCAAAUGUGCAUUAAGAAAUAAACAUCUACAGUCCCUCACAAA